CUGUAGUUUGAACGAUGUCGCUGGAAAAAACAGCAUUUCAUCACUUUUUGGUGACUUUUUAAGGCUGAAUUUGGACUCUUUGGAUUCUCAUGUGGAGGAGAUCAUAAGGCUGCUGUUUGUUCUGGUUAGUUUGCUGACGGUCUGGGCUUUUAUUUCCGUGUCGCCAGUGAGAGAUUCAAACAAGUUGUAAAUAAAAUCCUCAUCAGAGGAACUGAAGUUAUAGAAAUCACCUCUGUCUCCUCUCACAUGGAGAAGAUGAUCUGCAGGAUCCUGCUGCUCAUCAUCCUCAACUCAUGUGUCUGUGCAGCAACAUUUGUAGUGAAUGUGGCACAGAGCUGCUAUCAGGCAGAGGAGAACCACAACAUCACUCUGGAGUGGACCUUCACCACCAGACCUCAUGGAUCCUGGAGACAACUGUUUAUUUUCUGCAGAUGUAUAGCUCCUAACAGAGAACUAGUUCUGUAUCAGGUCCAUGAUGGUGUUGAGGUACCAGAGUCUCAGGAUAAACAGUUUUCAGGACGAGUCCAGAGUGACAAAGACGUCCUCAGAGAAGGACGAAUCAGACUCCAUGUGUCCAGACUGAGGACUGAAGACUCUGGUCUGUAUCAGUGUGACAUGAAGACUGAUGAUGGCGUCAGCUCUGCAGGAUGUCAGCUCAGUGUAUCUGGUGAAUCUCAGGUGAUUGGUUCUCAUGAUCUGAUAAUAGCAACAGUGGGACAGAACGUUAUCCUGCCAUGCCACCUGGAACCACCGUUUGACGUGAGAGAUCUUACAGUCGAAUGGAAAUACCAGGAUGGUACAACGAAGGUUCUAGUACAUUUGUAUCGCAGUCGAGUUGAUUAUCUAGAUGCUCAAGACCCAAAAUACAAAGGCAGAACCUCUCUGUUUCACGAUGAAAUGAGAAACGGCAACAUUUCCCUCCAGUUGACCAAUGUAACUGAAGAGGAUGAAGGGAAUUACUUCUGCUUUGUUCCCAAUCUGUGUUCUCAGGUCAGGAGGGGAAAUAUUACUCUACAUGUUGACAAAAUAGAUGAAAAUGGAGGCCAAGGCCACAGAGGUGGUGCUGGAGAAAAAACCCCAGAGAAUAACAAGGGCAAGGAAACUGCUCUUCAUCUUUAUCUUGGUCUUGGUCUUGGUCUUGGUCUUGGUCUUGGUCUUGGUCUUGGUCUUGGUCUUGGUCUUGGUAUUGGUAUUGGUCUUGGUCUUGGUCUUGCAAUACCAGCCGUCAUCAUCAUCAUUGCUGUACUUUGCUACAGAUUUAGACAAAAUCUAAGGAACCGCGGGCCAGUGAACAACUGUCAAGACGUCAAUGACAGAAACAGAAAUCCUGCAGGAAUUCAACUCCAAGGUGGACAAGGUGGAGGAAAUGAGGAUAAUGUUGACAAUCCUGCAGCAGAGCCUUUAAAUGACCCAGAUGAAAACCUAGAAAACUAAAAUGGUCGAAGCUUGACCCCUAAACUGAACUCUCUUCAACCACUUUCAUGUUCUGGUAUGAAACCUGGGACAUAGAUAGAACUAUGCAGGAUGACAGAAAAAACUCAGUUUGCCUUAAACCCAACAGGAAGUCCUCCAUAUUGGAUCAAAGGGUCCAUUCCGGGGCCAUUUUAGAUUAUAUAAAAAAAAGUGAGGAUGUCUCCUAGCUAUGGUUGUGUUGGGACCCCACAGCCAUGGGUACAACAUGAUGGGCCAGUAAGAACUUUUCUGGAUCUUUCAAAAUAAAUCUCAUUAACCUGCUUCCAGCACAGCCAAGAAUAGGAGUAACAGCGGACUCCCCAUGACUUCACUGCCCGAAUAAAAACCCCGCUUUCGCAACAAACAGACCUCUUCCAUGCAGGUCCCCAGAGGAACUGGACGGAGAGACACAGCGCGCUAAUGUCUCUUUGCUGGCAAACAGACAUAACUCUUCAAACUGGA